AUGCCUGUGCUUCUGAACUGGAUCCCACACCAGAAGGUUCCUGAUGUCAUCAGCAGCAUAAGACAAGUCUCCAAAGCAGCACUGAAAGAAGAUGCCAAACCAAGUAAGGAUAGUGAAGAUGCCUUCUAUGACUCUCAAAAAUUCGAGGUCUUGUACUGUGGAAAGGUGACGGUGGCUCACAAGAAAGCUCCCUCCACCCUAAUUGAUGAUUGCAUUGAGAAAUUCAGCCUUCAUGAGCGCCAGCGCCUGAAACUAUUAAAUGAGCAGCGGAAUAACGAGUCAAGUUUGGACUUACCCCUGUGUGAAGGAAACCUGCCAGCUUCUCCAUCGGAUAGCCCAUUUGAGGAGCUGGACAGCCCAGAUAACGCUGCAGGGCAUGCUGCAAUGUUUACAGUCGGCAGCCAGACCAACUUGACCAACCUGGCCAGCACUCGUGGCUCCUUUCCAGAGCGAAUUCUAGAGGACUCUGGCUUUGAUGAACAGCAAGAGUUUCGCUCUCGGUGCAGCAGUGUUACUGCAGUUAUGCAAAGAAGGGUUCAUGACACAAACCUGAAAAUACAGCCACGCAGAAGACAUGCAAGUGCACCCAGUCAUGUUCAGCCCUCUGAUUCUGAGAAGAACAGGACAAUGUUAUUCCAGGUUGGAAGGUUUGAAGUUAACCUUAUCAGUCCGGACACGAAAUCUGUUGUGCUUGAAAAGAAUUUUAAAGAUAUCUCCUCAUGUUCUCAGGGUAUAAAACACGUCGAUCACUUUGGUUUCAUUUGCCGGGAAUCUGUUGAACCUGGGUUAAGCCAGUAUGUUUGCUAUGUAUUCCAGUGUGCAAGUGAGUCUCUGGUUGAUGAGGUAAUGCUUACCCUGAAACAAGCUUUCAGCACUGCUGCAGCUCUGCAAAAUGCCAAGACGCAGAUUAAACUGUGUGAGGCCUGCCCUAUGCAUUCAUUGCACAAACUUUGUGAAAGAAUUGAAGGACUCUAUCCUCCAAGAGCCAAACUUGUAAUUCAGAGACAUCUGUCAUCACUAACUGAUAAUGAGCAAGCAGACAUUUUUGAACGUGUUCAGAAAAUGAAACCUGACAAUGACCAGGAAGAAAAUGAACUUGUGAUCUUACAUCUGCGCCAGCUCUGUGAAACUAAGCAGAAAACGCACAUUCACAUUGGUGAAGCACCGUCGGCUGUUUCUAACAGUGCCAUUCCAGAAAGCACCACCAGUGGUGGCAGGUUUAAACUUGACAUUCUGAAAAACAAGGCCAAGAAGUCCUUGACUAGUUCUCUGGAAAAUAUCUUCUCAAGGGGAGCCAACAGAAUGCGAGGCCGCCUGGGAAGCGUGGACAGCUUUGAGCGCUGCAACAGCCUUGCUUCUGACAAAGACGCUUCGCCGGGCGAUUCCCCACCGGCUACUCCUCCAGCGUCCCCCGUGUCCUCGGCCUGGCAGCCGUUUCCCGAGGAAGACUCGGACUCCCCCCAGUUCAGGAGGCGUGCGCACACCUUCAGCCACCCCCCCUCCAGCGCCAGGCGGAGGAUAACCUUCCAGAACGGGAGGUCCCAGAGCGUCCGGUCCCCGCUGCUGCGGCAGAGCUGCGUUGAGACAACAAGUCCUAUUGUUGGUGUUCGGCGCACUCUCAGUGAGAGUGAAUCUGCAUCACCUGGUCUCCCCUCCUCUGUCUCUGCCCCUUCUUUCCUGAAAAGCUUUUACCAGGGCUCAGGAAGGUUGCUCCAGCACUCAGAAAGUGACCUCUCCAAGAGACACAAUUACAAAACACCUGAUGGGAAAUUUCUACAGUUUAGGGCUUUCCAUCAGAAUAAACUUAUACGUAAGUGGAAUAAGCCGAUAGCCCAGCGGAAGUGCCUCUACACCAAUGCACACAGCAUGGGCAGCAAACAGGAGGAGUUGGAAGACGCAGUGCUGCUAGAAAGCUACGACCUGGUUGCCAUUGCUGAAACUCGGCCACCUGAUCAAUGGGAGCCUAUGGAUGAAGUCUUCUUACUCCAGCUACAGGAGGCUUCACACUCGCAGGCUCUCUUCCUGCUCGGGGACUUCAACCACCCCGACAUCUACUGGAAAAGUAGCACAGCAAGCUGCAGGCAAUCCAGAAGACUCCUGGAGUGCAUUGGGGAUAACUUCUUAAGCCAGGUAAUGGACAGCCCUACCAGGGGAGAUGCAAUACGGGACCUGAUGGUCACCAACACAAGUGCGCUAAUUGGCGAUGUCAAGAUUGGAGGCAGCCUGGGCUGCAGUGGACACACUGGUAGAGUUCACAGACCUGAGGGAUAUGGGUCAGGUGAAGAUUAA